GCCUCCAAAGUUAAAAAACCACCCGCCAGCUACACAUUAGAUAAAAAUUUUCACUUCUAGGGUUUGCAUUUUGGACCCCGUAGCAUUUCUUCUCUUCGGAGCCGUCGUAGCGCACGCGAAGAGAGCUGCUGGUGGAGCCAGUCUGAAUCCAUAGCCAUGUCGCUCGUAGCGAAUGAAGAAUUUCAGCACAUUCUUCGUGUACUGAACACAAACGUGGAUGGCAAGCAGAAGAUCAUGUUUGCCCUUACUUCCAUCAAAGGUAUUGGUCGCCGUUUUGCCAACAUCGUCUGCAAGAAAGCCGAUGUCGACAUGAACAAAAGAGCUGGUGAGCUAUCAGCUGCUGAGCUUGACAACCUCAUGGUGAUAGUUGCAAAUCCCCGUCAGUUCAAAAUCCCAGACUGGUUUCUGAACAGGAAGAAGGAUUACAAAGAUGGGAAGUAUUCCCAAGUGGUUUCCAAUGCGUUGGACAUGAAACUGAGGGACGAUCUUGAACGAUUAAAGAAGAUCAGGUUUGUCUUAAUUUAUGUUUUUGUCAUGAUCCAUAUUUGUAUAUUAAUACAGGGAAGGGGAUGUCUCAUGUUACUUUUUGACAAUGGUACAGGAACCACCGAGGUCUCCGUCACUACUGGGGUCUUCGGGUGCGUGGGCAGCACACCAAGACCACUGGUCGUAGAGGAAAGACUGUUGGUGUCUCCAAGAAGCGUUAAUCUUGGAACUGUUGUCUUCUCUGCCUGUUGUUUCUGGCUUGCAUUAUUUUGAAGUCUGUAUGCAGGAACUUAAAACAUCAAGUGCAGUUGCUUUCUUGGAAUGCCUAUUUGGUUCAGAUGCUUGGUUAUUGUUCCUCAAUACCAUAUAUUUUUGCACUUAGCUAUUGUUUAGGCCUUUAAAAAAAUGACUUGAGAGUUAGUUGUUUUUCCUGAACGCAGUCUCUCUUUUUCCCCUGAAAUGCACUUUUAUUAA